ACGCCAUGUGCGCCAUGCGCGCCAUGUGCCAGCAGGUCAUGCAGGCAGCACGCAGGAGCAUGGGUGAGGGAAUGAUGGACACGGUGUGGCGCUGGAUGCCCAGACUCGUGGGUCACCCUGCUGGCUGCUGGCUGCUGGCUGCUGGCUGCUGGCUGCUGGCUGCUGCCGACCAUGUAGACCAUCGAGCAUGUCGAGCGUGUCCAGUUCCGUCUCCCGUCUCUUCCAUCCCCAUCUCUCUCUCCCUUUCUGGCGCACGCUAGCUCUCUCCUUCGUGCAUGCCGCAUGCCUCUGUCCUCCAUGUCCUACCUCCGCCCCUCCGCGCCCCCAAGGGCCUUGAACUUUUAUCCG